AUGGUUGCCAGAGCUUUUGCCUCCCGCUUCCGACGCUCCCGACGCUUUUUGAGUGGCUUCGUGGCUGGAGCCGUCGCGGGCGCUGUGGGAACCGGGCUAACUGUCGUGCAGUUCCUCCGGAGUCAGGACGCUGAGCCAGCGUUGGCGGUGAGGGAGCCGGACGGUUCUUCAGAAAGGGCUGUCUUAGAACAAUUUGGAUUCCCUUUAACUGGAACAGAGACGAGGUGCUACACUAACCAUGCCUUGUCUUAUGAUCAGUCAAAGCGGGUGCCUAGAUGGGUUCUUGAACAUAUUUCCAAGAGCAAGAUAACGGGUGAUGCAGACAGAAAACAUUGUAAAUUCAAGCCAGAUCCCAACAUCCCUCCAACCUUCAGUGCCUUCAACGAGGACUAUGUUGGCAGUGGGUGGUCACGAGGCCACAUGGCUCCAGCAGGAGAUAACAAAUUCUCAUCUAAAGCCAUGGCUGAAACCUUUUACCUUUCUAAUAUCGUGCCUCAGAAUUUUGAUAAUAAUGCUGGUUAUUGGAACAGAAUAGAAAUGUACUGUCGAGAACUGACAGAGAGGUUUGAGGACGUCUGGAUAGUAUCUGGACCGCUGACCUUACCUCAGACUGGAAGCAAUGGAAGGAAAACAGUUAGUUACCAGGUGAUCGGCGAGGACAAUGUUGCGGUGCCCUCCCACCUCUACAAGGUGAUCCUGGCGCGCAGAAACCCGAGUUCUGCUGACCCCCUGGCACUAGGGGCCUUCGUGGUGCCCAACAAGGCCAUUGGCUUCCAGCCCCAAUUAAGUGAGUUCCAGGUGAGCCUGCAGGAGCUGGAGAAGUUGUCAGGACUGGUGUUUUUCCCUCAUCUGGAUAGGACUAGUGACAUCAAGAACAUCUGCUCGGUAGACACCUGUAAGCUCCUGGAUUUCAGGGAGUUCACUUUGUACCUGAGCACAAGAAAGAUUGAGGGAGCCCGAUCGGUACUCAGACUGGAAAAGGUCAUGGAAAAUUUGCAGAAUGCAGGCAUUGAACCUGAUGAGGAGUUCAUGACUCGCUACAAGAAGAAGCUGGAAGAACUCAAAGCUCAGGAGCAGUCAGGAGUCCUGGAGAGAAAGCCCUCGUAG